UCCCGGCUACGUCCUCCUGGCUGCCCGCUGGCGCGCCUCCUUCUGCUUUUCCCUUCCCUUUCGCUGAGCCGCGAGGGUUGGGAGCGGCCGGGAGUGGGCCCGCUAUCGCCGCCGAGGAGGAGGAGGGAAGGCGCUGCAACCAUGGCGUCGUAUGUGGGGAGUCGCACUUUGAGCAAGGACGAUGUGAACUACCGGCUGCACUUCCGCAUGAUCAACGAGCAGCAAGUGGAGGACAUCACGCUGGAGUUCUUCUACCGGCCCCACACCAUCACCCUGCUCAGCUUCACCAUCCUCAGCCUCAUGGCCUUCGCCUUCACCAGAGAUGAUUCAACCCCUGAAGAUAACAUUUGGAAAGGCAUUCUCUGUGUGAUAUUUUUCUUUCUAAUCAUCAGUGUUCUAGCUUUUCCCAAUGGGCCUUUCACCCGUCCACAUCCUGCAUUAUGGCGCAUGGUAUUUGGUUUGAGUGUACUUUAUUUUCUGUUUCUGGUAUUCCUGCUCUUCCUUAACUUUGAACAAGUGAAAUCAGUGAUGUACUGGUUGGAUCCCAACCUACGAUAUGCGACAAGAGAAGCAGACAUUAUGGAUUAUGCUGUGAAUUGCCAUGUUAUUACCUGGGAGAGAAUCCUAAGUCAUUUUGACAUAUUUGCUUUUGGACAUUUCUGGGGCUGGGCGAUGAAGGCUUUGUUGAUUCGCAGCUAUGGAUUGUGUUGGACUAUUAGCAUCACUUGGGAGCUGACAGAGCUGUUCUUCAUGCAUCUGCUGCCUAAUUUUGCUGAAUGCUGGUGGGAUCAAGUUAUUUUGGACAUCCUAUUAUGUAAUGGAGGUGGCAUCUGGUUGGGCAUGGUGGUUUGCCGUUGGUUGGAGAUGAGGACGUAUCACUGGGCAAGCUUCAAGGACAUUCACACUACCACAGGUAAAAUCAAGAGAGCUGUUUUACAGUUCACUCCAGCAAGCUGGACCUACGUUCGCUGGUUUGAUCCCAAGUCCUCCUUUCAACGUGUAGCUGGGACAUACCUUUUCAUGAUCAUAUGGCAGUUGACAGAGUUGAACACCUUUUUCUUGAAACAUAUAUUUGUUUUUCAAGCAAGUCACCCUUUAAGCUGGUGUAGGAUUCUCUUCAUUGGAAUUAUUACAGCGCCAACUGUGAGGCAGUACUACGCUUAUCUCACAGACACACAGUGCAAAAGAGUAGGAACUCAGUGCUGGGUAUUUGGAGUUAUUGGUUUCCUUGAAGCUAUUGUGUGCAUAAAAUUUGGUCAAGAUCUCUUCUCCAAAACACAAAUAUUGUAUGUUGUAUUUUGGCUUCUUUGUGUGGCGGUUACUACUUUUCUGUGUUUGUAUGGGAUGGUGUGGUAUGCAGACCAUUAUGGACGAGAAAAGACAUUGUCGGAAAGUGAAGAUAGUUUGUAUAUCCCGGAUGCUUCCUGGCAUAACCCUAAAAUCACUAGAGGAAUGGAAGACAGUCCACCCAAACACUCAAGCAACAGUGACAGCCAUUCAUCCAGGAGGAGAAAUCGUCAUUCAAAAACAAAAGUAACGAAUGGGGUUGGCAAGAGAUAAAGAAAGAGACAGAGAAAGAAAGAAAGAGAGCGAGAGAGACUUGUCAGUUUCUAGAUUUCUCCCAGAAUCGUGCCUAAGAGCAAAGAAGGAAGACUGGGCCUGGAUCUGAAUUCCCUACUUGAAGGUCAACAAGCUGUGAGGAGGAGAUUGAAGGAAACAAACUCUUCAGUCAUCGGAGGCCUUGGACUUUGUUAAGGGGGAAUUCAUCUGUGUAUUGCAAAUCAUUAGCUGCCUGUCCCUUGCCAUUAAUUGGCUUGACUCUCUGCAUUUGACACUCACGACAGUUGAAAAGGUUUCAAAGGCAAAGCAGUUGCUUGCUCUGGAGGGGCCCUGUGGUAGGGUGAGAAGGCCUUAUGAAGAUCUUGGUUUAGUUGAGAAGUAUGAUCCAAAGUUAACUGUCAGCCAGUUGGUUUAUAUGCCCGUGGCUGUAUGUUUUUACCUUUGUUUUGUAUUUUUGCGUUCUUCAGCAUAACUUUUUGAUUGCUAUACUGCCUUUGCUUUUUUUUUGGUAACUAAGCCCUUCUGUGCUAUAUUCAGUUUUAGCAAGCAGCACUUCCAUUUUUGAGUCCGAAUAUGCUGAGUAUUACAAAGCAUAUUCCAAAUUUUUGUAGUGUUUUUAAAAUAAUAUUUAAUUCUGUUGAAUGCCUUGAAUUCACAAUCCUAUUAUGUAUGGAUUGUGUCCAUACGGUACUUAUUAACACAGGAACAGGUAUUUAUGUAAGCGUAUAGCCCUUUGUUUUCUGGUGGCUAGAGUAUUUUACAGAUUGUUCCUUCUUUGAAGUAUAUUAUGUAGGCCUUCUGACCAAUAAUAGUAAAACUUGACCUUCGAUUUGAAGCCAAAUACAUGCUGACACUUUUACAAUAGUCUCCUUGGCCUGAUAAAGUGCUUGUUCCAGGAAAGCACCAUUCAGCAUUGCUAUUUAAGCAAAAAGAAAAAAGAAAAACAAGGAACUGUAUACAAACUCACACAGAGUCUUCUUGGAUUCCCCCCCCCCCCUUUUUGUUUCUUAGGAAAUAAUUUCUAAUCCAAAUUUUUUCCUAUGUUUCCAACAUUAUUGGUUCUUGAAUAUUCUGUGCCCAUUUUAUCAUACAAUCCUUUAUUAAAUCUCUUUCAGAAUCUAUUUCUAUCAACACAGUAUACAAUCUCUUUAUAUGCCCCUGGGUUUGAUUUCUAAUUUGUUUAACCAAAUUUUCUUCAUUUUGAAUAAUACCAAUUUUCUGAUCUUCUUUCCAUCUAGCCUUUAACUGUCCAUAUUGAAACCAAGUAUAAUUCCUCCCUUCUUCUUUUAAUGUAUCCAAAGAUUUUAAUUGUAGAUUUCCCCUCUCAUUAUAUAAAAGAUCUUUAUAAGUAAUCAUUUCUUGUUCCUGUUCUAUAUUUAUAUUCUCUACUGCGUGCCGAGGACUUGCCCAUAUGGGAAUUUUAUAAUUUAACUUAUAAUAAUAUUUUUUCCAGACAUGCAGAAGAGAAAUUCUCAACACAUGAUUCUUAAAAGCUUUAUCUACUUUCUUAUCAUACAAUAAAUAUGCAUGCCAACCAUAUAAUAAAUCAUAACCUUCUAUAUUCAAAAUCCUUUCCUCCGUCAAAUUAAACCAAUCACUUAUUACCAAAAGAACAACUGCUUCAUAAUACAGUUUUAAAUUAGGCAUUUUUAAUCCUCCUCUUUGUUUCUUAGGAAAUAAUAAUCGAAUAAACUUUUAAUGUCAGUUCUUAGACAUUGCCUGAAAAAGAAAUGAAGUAUUAAAUGUUAAGGUGUCAGAAGUGAAAUAAUUCUGCAUUUUCUUUGCCUUGGCUUCCUUUGUGUGUCCCAUGUGAGCUGUGGGGCAGAUGAUGCCAAGAGUCUUGUCCAUGGUGAUCAAUUAAACAAGAACCCACACCUUUGCCAUUGUCUGGGAGGUAUUGCUAGCUUUGAGAGUGCCACAGGCUACGCACCCAAGUUCUGAUCUGUUGUAAAGGCGUCAGCAUACAAAUCAAAGGACUGUACAUAGAAAAAGGCCACCACAAUCCGCACCACCUUACGUGCUACAAAAGAGCUGCUUCUUUGAGUAAAUCACACUGCAGCUGCUAAGCUGUGGAAAGCUCCCUCCCCCCCCACCCCUCAUAAAUGUGUGACCCUUGCAUUAAAACUGCUUUAACCUAUUUACUGCAACUCUGCUAAAUCUGUGCAUGUUGGGGCGGGGCAGUGGGAUUCAACCGAAGCUUGUUUCUCAUUCAUAUUUUGAAAAUUGUGAACUGAUCAUUCCAUACACAUAUUUACAUAAUUCUCAAACAUUGGUUCCCUCACUAAGUUCCAUUUUUUUACUGUUUGUCAGUUGCAGAAAGACUGACCACUUGUUUUCCUCCCUUUAUAUUCAAGACCCAAAGCUGGUCAAUUUUACCGUCUUGGAAACUUUUUCAAAAAUAUAUAUAUAUUUUGAGGUUAAUAA